GUUGGAGUUCUCAUUGUGCUCAUCCUUCUCAUUGGCAUUGUAUUGUCAAUUAUUUGGAGGCAUUCCACUGGUGCACUCAAGGAAGUGGAAUUUUCUUUAAUUAUGUUUAAGUAUCGAGAUUUGAGAAGAGCAACAAAGAACUUCUCCCAAAAACUUGGGGAGGGCGGUUUUGGUUCUGUUUUUAAAGGGGCAUUGCCAAAUUCAAGAGCUAUUGCAGUGAAGAAAAUAAGAAGUCUAGAGCAAGGUGAUAAACAAUUUCAUGCAGAAAUUAGUACUAUUGGAGCAAUCCAGCAUGUCAACCUUCUUCGCCUACGUGGUUUUUGUGUAGAAGUUUCAAAAAGAUUUCUUGUCUAUGAUUUCAUGCCGAAAGGUUCUCCAGAAUCUCAUUUGUUCCAAAAGGUUUCCAGGAUAUUGGAUUGGAAGACAAGAUAUCAUAUUGCCAUUGGGAUUGCUAAAGGGUUGGCCUACCUUCAUGAGAAUUGUAGAGAUUGUAUCAUACAUUUUGACAUCAAACCUGAGAACAUAUUGUUGGAUGAAGAAUAUAAUACAAAAGUGGCUGAUUUUGGGCUUGCAAAGAUAAUUGGUCGUGACUUCAGUCGAGUUUUGACAACCAUGAGGGGAACUAGGGCCUAUCUAGCACCAAAAUGGAUUUCAGGUGAAGCUGUUACUCCAAAAGUUGAUGUUUUCAGUUAUGGGAAGCUUCUUUUUGAGAUACUAUCCGGUAGGAGAAAUAUAAACAUGCUAGAUGAUGAGAUAUGUAACUACUUUCCAGCUCGUGUUGCAAUUGCAAUAAACAAAGGAGAAGACCUUCUGACACUAGUAGAUGACAAAUUAGAGGGCAUUGCCAACAUGGUAGAGCUAACUAGAGCUUGUAAAGUUGCUUGUUGCUGCAUUCAAGACAAUCCAAGGGAUAGACCAACUAUGGGCCAGGUAAUUAAAAUUCUUGAAGGAGUUAUGCAAGUGGACAUGCCUCAGGUACCUCUUUAUUUCCAACGCCUGUUAGAAAAUCCAACGGAUGCCAUUGUUGACCAUGCGACUCAGACUUCUUCGAGUUCAUAUUAAUGUAAAACAAACUAUGUCUCAACUUUGUCUUUAUCAUUUGUGAACUCUUUUGCAGUGAAAAAAUGCUUUCCCACAUUUAUGUAACGCAAAUUAAGAUAAAAAAGACUCCAUUUGUUAGUAGUUAAGGAGUCAAGUGCAUGUAGGUGUGCCUACCAAUAUGCACUUCUGUGUGACAACUUGUUUGAUGUGUAUUUGUUACUUUCUUUUCCUUGCCAUGUUUCUUG